AUGAGCAGUUCGGAGGAGGUAUCAUGGAUAAAUUGGUUCUGCGGCCUCAGAGGGAAUGAAUACUUCUGCGAGGUGGACGAAGACUAUAUAAGUGAUAAGUUCAAUUUAACAGGUCUCAAUGAACAUGUUCCACAUUUCAGGCAGGCUUUGGAUAUGAUAUUGGACUUAGAACCAGAUGAUGACUUAGAAGAAAAUCAAAAUCAAUCAGAUUUGGUGGAACAGGCUGCAGAAAUGCUCUAUGGUCUGAUUCAUGCCCGUUACAUUUUAACUAACAGAGGUGUAAGCCAAAUGUUGGAAAAAUUUCAAGUUGGAGAAUUUGGUACCUGCCCCCGUGUUUAUUGUGAAUGCCAAAAAAUGUUGCCCAUUGGAUUGUCAGAUGUCCCAGGUGCAGCAAUGGUAAAGCUGUAUUGCCCCCGUUGUAUGGAUGUAUAUACUCCCAGAUCCUCACGUCACCACCGCACAGAUGGAGCCUACUUUGGAACUGGUUUCCCACACAUGGUGUUCAUGGUACAUCCAGAAUAUCGCCCGCAAUGCCCCAGUUCAGAGUUUGUGCCUAGACUAUAUGGGUUUAAAAUCCACCCUAUGGCCUACCAAAUUCAGACACAAGCUGCUGCCGGACACAAAUCACUUCGAACUCUGGCAUACAACAAUGGUAAACGAUAG